CAGUCACGUGUGUACACAGGCCCCGCGCGGCGUGCGCGCCGUGAGCCCCGCCGCGUCCUCCGAGCCCGGAGCUGCCCACCCCGCGGCGACUGCGCCGCCUGUGGCCCAGCGAGCCGCCCAGCCAGCCGGCGCCAUGUGGCCCUGCGGCCUGCCCAACGGCACAGGGAGGGGCGAGGACCCAGCGCUCUGCCAGCCCUUCCACCUGGUCCUGUCUGUGUGCUCCCUGCUCUACCUGGCGGUCGGCGUCCCGGUCGGCCUGGCCUACAAUGCGCUGCUGGUGCUGGCCAACCUGCAGGACCACAGCAGCAUGACCAUGCCCGACGUCUACUUCGUGAACAUGGCCGUGGCGGGCCUGGUGCUCAGCGCCCUGGCGCCCGCGUACCUGCUGGGCCCCAGCGCCUCGGGCUGGGCGCUGUGGGGCUUCGGCAGCGAGCUGCACGUCACGCUGCUGGUGCUGUUCAACGUGUGCUCCCUGGUGACCAUGUACUCCACGGCCCUGCUCAGCCUGGACUACUACAUCGAGCGGGCCCUGCCGCGCACCUACAUGGCCAGCGUCUACAACACCAGGCACGUGUGCGGCUUCGUGUGGGGCGGCGCCCUGCUCACCAGCUUCUCCUCCCUGCUCUUCUACGUUUGCAGCCACGUGGCCGCCAGGGUCGUGGAGUGCACCCAGCUGCGCCACACGCAGGCUGCUGACGCCAUCGUGGUGGUCGUCGGGUACUUGGUGCCCAGCCUGGCCGUGCUCCAUGCCCUCGUGCUCAUCUCCCGGGUCCAGAAGGAGGACACGCCCCUGGACCGUGACUCAGGGCGGCUGGACCCCUCGGUGCACAGGCUCCUAGUGGCCACCGUGUGCACGCAGUUUGGGCUCUGGACGCCCCACUACCUGACGCUCCUGGGGCACACGGUCCUGGCCCUGCGGGGGAGGCCCGUGGACGGGCAGCAGCUGGGGGUGCUGCUGUUCGCCAAGGACGUGUCCAGGUUCCUGGCCUUCUCCAGCAGCUCCGUGACGCCACUGCUCUACCGCUGCAUUGACAGGAGCUUCCCCGGCAAACUGCGGCGCCUCAUAAAGAAAGUGCGCUGUGGCCGCCGGAGCUGCUCCACAGACCAGGCGGGGCUACAGCAGGUGCUGGCCUAGGCACCAGUCGGGGCCGGCAGUGCCCACCGCGGGGCCAGCCGGUGGAGGCGGCCCUAACACGCCCUGGAGGCCCCGUGCGCAGCCACAGAACCCAAGCCUGUCGCUCCCUCCCUCCUGGGGCUCACGUCCUGGAGAGGUGGUGACUGACGUCUCAACUGGAUGCACAGCACUUUGUCACCGCACGCCCUCAGUCUCGGCCCCAGAAGGAGACACACUGAGGCAAGAAUGAAGAACAGCAUAGGCGUGUUCCCUAGAUGUUUUUCUGUGUUUGUCCCAAAAGUCCACUCUUUGGGCCAGGCCACAGGUGCCGGUGUGCAGAUGAGCUGCAGUUCCGGGGCUCACGGGCCCGGAGGCGUGUGCGUCUCUCCCACAUGCACCCCUGCAGGUCUGCGCCCUCAGCCUGCUUACUGCAGCCUCCUGGAGGGGCCUUUCCAAAUGGAGUGAUGGAAAUCAAGCCAGUAUUUAUGCUGUUUGUAUUGUUCAAUUACUUCAUUCUCCCCUCGUUUAUUUGUUUAUAAAACGUGUUUGAAAGAAACGGCAGAGUAUUAAAAUGAAGGAGACAGUGUGAAGAACACACACGCCCGCAGGGUGGUGGCCUGGGCUACUGAAGGGCCCCUCGCCGUGCGCGGCUGGGCCUGCCAGGACACACCUGUGUCACACGCAGGGUGGCCAAGUAUUCCACAAGGGAAGGAAGAGUCGCUGCGCUGGUUUCAGGCAGGAACACUUAGUGGCACUGAGGCUCCGCCCUGACCCGCCAGGUGUCCCUUAAACCUGUGCCGCCUCAGGUGACAGCACCGACUUCCCACUAUGGGUCUGUCCUACUCCAGCUCCCCACAGUGUGCACAAAACUGAAGAAAGCGCUGCUAGGAUUUCUAACCUGAUCCAACAGCUGCAAGUUGCCUGCCCACAGGAGACCCCUGAAGACUGAGCGCCGUCUGCCACCUGGUCUGGGCUGGCACCACAGACGUGACCAGCUCCCAAGCACGGAAGUGAUGCCCACCUUCAUGUGUCGGGUCCUGCUUAGUUGACGUGGAGGGUGACCCAAGGCUGCCUGCUGACCAGAGGUCACUGCACAUGCGGGCAGCUCAGCACAGGUUCCCCACGCCACUCCCCCUCCGGCAUACCCUGUACCCCAAGUCCUUAUGAUUACAAUACAGGCCACAGCCCUCUGAUCCCAAUUUUGAAACACCAAAAGCCCCAAACUCAGACAUUUUUUGUCUGCAGCAAAAUGGUCGCAAAUCCUGACCCAAGGUGGGAUCAGAGCACCUUUCUGAGGAAGAUCGGUGUGAUGACGGGGCCGCCCCAGCCCCACCCACGCCAGCACGGGUCCACCUGGGCGCCAGGAGCAAGCCUCCACCCUCCCUUCCCCCCGAGGACACCUGCGCUGCUGACCCCACGAACCCCGAGACCCCCUUUGCAUCCAACACCUGCUCGUGACAUCCUUGUGCUGAGCUCAUCCUGGAUGAGUCUGCAAUGACCUGCCCUUCUCUUACUCCCCCAGAACGUCUGGUUCCCAGGAUUUUCGCCACGUCACCAAAAAAUGGACAGAAUCUGAGUUACUCAGAGGGGAAUGAGGAGCUCUUUGGAAGAAGCUAAGGCAGAGUGUGAGCUCAGUCGUUAUUUUUUAUUAACCAAUCACUGUGUUUCUUCGAAUGAGUUUGGAAGAUGCCAGAUACAAGUUUUUCCACUUUAGGUUCCAAGGUCACUAAUUCUACUACUAGCCCUUCUUGACUAUUAUAAUUUUUAAAUUAAUGAUCUUAUUUGUUAAUCCACAAAAACUCAGCUACCUUGCUAAGCUUCAUUAAGAUUCCAAAAGGUGAGUUUUACACUGAGUUUACUUCCUGCAGGUUAUAAAAUUUACUUUGGGAAACUGGGUCUGUUGCUAAUUGUGGCAGAUAUGUCAAGAAACCAAACAUUGACUCUUUACAAAAAGUACUUGACAAAGUAUAAACCAGGAAUCAAUUACUAAGAAGUCAAAUUACACGUCAAGUUCUCGAGUGUCAAACUACUCAGGAGACCUGGGCUUUCUCAUCUCGUGGUGUCUGCCCCAACGGCUGCACCAUCUGCCUGAAGUUCUAUAUACAUGAGAAGAAACCGCUGGCUGAAGGAAAACCCCACACAUUUGAAGGCUAUUAAAUUAUUUGACACUUAUUAUCUAAUUUCUGAAUUCUUAAAACGUGUAUUUCCAGGGGUAUGUGAUGUAUAUCAGAAAACACCAAGUGCCAUCUAAUCGGUAUUUCCCCUCAUAAUAUAAAUCUCAGCCUCUUUACUUCCUUCUCUGUAGCCCCUCUUUCUACAGUUCUGUCAGUCAAACCAGUAGCAUCCAGUUGCACAUGUGCCCUGGCCAGCCGUUCUGAGAUGGAGACAUAGAGGGCGUCUCCAGCACCUGUUGUGUACGUCGGCCGGAGGCUAGCAAAAGGACAGGUCCUCAGCUCACCAAAUGUAAUUUAGAAAUUACUGACCACACUCUAGUGAGAGCAGACCUGAGGGCAUCCUGGUGGUUCUAGCAACUCUACUGUGGCUUCAGGCAAACGCGGGAGCCGCCUGGCAGUCCUCCCGCCAUCCCACUGGUCCUGCCAUCCCGCCAGUGGUCCUGCCAUCCCGCCAGUCCUCCUGCCAUCCCGCCAGUCCUCCCACCCUUUGGUCCUCCUGCCAUCCCGCCGGUUCUCCUGCCUGUCUGCAGGGGGCUGUCUCCCCAUGGAUAGAUAGCAUCGCUUUGCACACAGUACUUUGAGAAAUGGAUGAAUAAGUGAAGGAAUAAGUCAAUUGGAACAUAUCCACUUUCCAUGAAUAAAGCACAUGCAGUUGACAGCACUUCAUGAUCCUGCCUGAUUCCGCUGGCCUCGUAGGCACACAGGCGUCUCUGCUGCAGAGCACGGCCCGAGAGUGUGGCGCUCUCUACCUUUCUCACAGUGCAGUGUGCGCUUCGUGAGCAAAGCGGGAGUGAGAGAUCUAAAUUCCAGCUACCACGGGACUGAAGACUGUUAAUUCGGAGAACCUUCAAGGUUUUCCACUUUCUGUCAGGGAGCCCCCCAGCGCAAACCCAGUGGAGACUAGGAGAUGAGCCCUGCGCCCCAGCCAUCAGCACGGCUGGCCGUGCCUCCUUUGUUUCUCUCCUGUUCCCUGACCCACUAGGCAUCUCAGCUACGACGUCGUCUUGCUGGCAGCCCGCUCCUCACCAGGUCAGGGACCCCUGCUCGAACUCGCCCGAGGAUACCGGCCUCAGCCCGGGGCCCUAACCCCUGCCAUCCAUCACCUGCAGCAGGAAUCCGCCCUUUCUCCUCCCGCCCGCGGUGCUGCGUUUGCCUUCUGACGCCAGGGGCCAGGCCAGUCCACCCUCCCCACUGCCCAGAGCAGCACUGGCUGCCUGCCCUCAGCACUCACAACCUCCCCCACUGCACGGCUGCCUUCAGGACCCUGUCUCUGCCCCAUGAAGGAGGUCCGACUGGUGACUCCACUAAUGAGGGGAGGGCAGGAAGCAAACUCGGGCCAGGGGGACCCCAGAGCCAGCUUCUAACCCAUCGCCCUCAUUCACUCCUCUGCGCUCUUUUCAUCUCGCGGUGACGAAGGCAUUUACAGACCACAGCCUCCGUCCUCUCAGCCACCUCUAGACUCUGGUUUCUGAGGUCGCUCGGAGGCUGGUGCGCAGAUGGGAACAUAGUCCCAACACGUUCCCAAGUGAGCCUGCUCCUCCGACAAGAAGCAAAGCCAUCGGCUUCAGAAGGGAAAAUGUCCUAAGACUGAGGCUGCUUUGACGAUGUCGUGGAGGUGGCUGGGCUGCCUGUCUUGGCUGCUCACGGCGUGGCUGUCUACCUGUGCAUCCCUCAGGAACGGGCCACGCCGGCCUGCGUCUGCACUUGUUGUCACUUUUGUGGCUGUCCAGUACUCCGUAGGUGGCCCAGAUCACAGCCACCCCCAUUCUGCCAAUGGGCCCAUGGGCUGGUGUGGACGGGCUCUCCCAGGCGCACACCUGCAGCCCUCACGUAUCCCCAGGUGUUACGGUGUGCCCAGAGCCGAGUGCGAGAGUGCCAGCUGCCUCGCCUUCGCCCACACUGGACACUGUUCAUCUGCCCUCCUUUUGCCAACCUGGUGGGAAUGCCGAGGUAGUUCCCCAGUGGUCACGAGGUCGAGGCCCCUCUCACGUAUCUGUUGGCCACUCACUCACACUUCUGCUCUCAAUGGCUGCCUUUCAGGUGCUCUGCCCAUUUUUUUUUAAACGAGCUGAGGCAUUCCACCCUGGCCACCGGCUCCUGACCCGUGUCCUCCCUCGACUCCCGUCAAUAGAAGGAGAAGCCAUAUAACAGGGAAGUCAGCAAGAUGUCGGCAACGUUCUCAGAAGACAGCAGCUCAGGAAACAAGCUGUGCUUCCCUGAUGGGGAGGCCACCGCACUGCAAGGAUGGCAGCUCUGACCCCCAGGGAUGCGGCCGCUGUGUCAGCGACGUCACAAGUGUUCCAAGACCCCCACGCUGGGGCAGCUCAGGUGCAUGUGCUCCUCACCAAGGUCAAGGUCAAAGCUGCUGGAAGAGGUUUCACUUAUGUUGGCCCCAGGGCGGCAGACAUCCACAAGUGCACGGGGACUCCGGGAGCAGGGCAAGGUGGGGACCGAGGACCAGAAACAGGUCACAUGUCCUGAUUUUCACAAGAAGCAGGUGCCAACCUAAGAGUGUGACGAGCCCGAGCUGAAUGCCUCAGGUCCGCCAGGUCCCGAGGGCAGCGGGACACUGCGGCCCGUGCUGCCACCACCCGCACCCAGAUCCACAUCUGCUACCUGCUGUGUGACCUGGACCAAGUUCUCAGUCUCUCUCUGCCCCUUUUCUCCUCUGUGACAAUCUAGUGGAUAACUCCGGGGAGGCAUGAGGCAGAG